AUGAAGGAUGGAGACCUGGGAGCAGAGGAGGAAUCCGGCCCUGGUCGAGUCUGGGCCCGGGCUCUGGUGACGUGGAAGGGGAGGAGAGUCUGGAGGAAGGGGAGGGGAAAGCAGCCCCGCGAUCGCAGAGACCGAGGAGGCGCCCACGGCGGCGGAGCUGCGGAGCGCGGUCUCUCCGGGCUCCCCGGGCCCCGCACCUGGCGCGCAGCUGGGCCUGAGAACCGCGCAUCCUUGUGGUCGGCCCCCGGGGCCGCGGCCGUCGGCAAGCUGGCUCCCCGGGUGGCCACCGGGACCCCCGAGCCCAAUGGCGGGGGCGGCAACAAGAUCGACAGCUCGGUAGAGAUCGCCCCCAGCUCCAACGGAGUGGGGACCCUCGGCGAUGCGGUGCCCGGCGAGCAGCUGCAGGGCGAGCGGGCGCGCGCGGGCGGCGACGGGCUGGGCAGCAGCCUGUCCCUGGCGGUGCCCGCGGGCCCGCUCAGCUUCGAGGCGCUGCUCGCGCAGGUCGGGGCGCUGGGCGGCGGCCAGCAGCUGCAGCUCGGCCUCUGCUGCCUGCCCGUGCUCUUCGUGGCGCUGGGCCUGGCCUCCGACCCCAUCUUCACGCUGGCGCCCCCGCUGCACUGCCACUACGGGGCCCUGCCCCCCAACGCCUCCGCCCCCGGCUGGGAGCAGCCCCCCAACGCCAGCGGGCCCCCCGGCGCCGCCCUGGCCGCCAGCGCCGCCAGCCGCCUGGCCACCAGCACCGACCCCGCCUGCAGCGGCUUCGCCCCGCCGGACUUCAACCACUGCCUCAAGGACUGGGACUACAACGGCCUGCCCGUGCUCACCACCAACGCCAUCGGCCAGUGGGACCUGGUGUGCGACCUGGGCUGGCAGGUGAUCCUGGAGCAGAUCCUCUUCAUCCUGGGCUUCGCCGCCGGCUACCUGUUCCUGGGCUACCCGGCAGACAGGUUUGGCCGUCGCGGGACUGUCCUGCUGGCCCUGGGUCUGGUGGGCCCCUGCGGAGUGGGCGGGGCCGCGGCCGGCUCCUCCACGGGCGUCAUGGCCCUCCGGUUCCUCCUGGGCUUUCUGCUGGCUGGCGUCGACCUGGGGGUCUACUUGAUGCGCCUGGAGCUGUGCGAUCCCACGCAGAGGCUGCGGGUGGCCCUGGCAGGGGAGCUGGUCGGGGUGGGAGGGCACUUCCUGUUCCUGGGCCUGGCCCUCGUCUCUAAGGACUGGCGGUUUCUGCAGCGGAUGAUCACUGCCCCCUGCAUCCUCUUCUUGUUCUAUGGCUGGCCGGGUCUGUUUCUGGAGUCGGCGCGAUGGCUCAUAGUGAAGCGGCAGAUUGAGGAGGCUCAGUCGGUGCUGAGGAUCCUGGCUGAGCGGAACCGGCCCCACGGGCAGAUGCUGGGGGAGGAGGCCCAGGAGGCCCUGCAGGAACUGGAGAACACCUGCCCCCUCCCUGCCACAUCCGCCUUCUCCUUCGCGUCCCUCCUCAACUACCGCAACCUCUGGAAAAAUCUGCUUAUCCUGGGUUUCACCAACUUCAUCGCGCACGCCCUCCGCCACUGCUACCAGCCGGUGGGGGGCGGCGGCAGCCCGUCGGACUUCUACCUGGGCGCGCUGCUGGCGAGCGGCGCGGCGGCGCUGGCCUGCGUCUUCCUGGGCGUCACCGCGGACCGCUUCGGCCGCCGCGGCGUCCUGCUGCUCUGCGUCACGCUCACGGGCCUCGCCUCGCUCGUGCUGCUGGGCCUGUGGGACUAUCUGAACGAGGCCGCCGUCACCGCCUUCUCCGUGCUGGGGCUCUUCUCCUCCCAGGCGGCCGCCAUCCUCAGCACCCUGCUGGCUUGCGAGGUGGUGCCCACCACGGUCCGGGGCCGCGGCCUGGGCCUGAUCCUGGCCCUCGGGGCGCUCGGAGGGCUGAGCGGCCCGGCCCAGCGGCUGCACAUGGGCCACGGCGCGUUCCUGCAGCACGUGGUGCUGGCGGCCUGCGCGCUGCUCUGCAUCCUCAGCGUCCUGCUGCUGCCCGAGACCCGGCGCCAGCUGCUGCCCGAGGGGCUGCGCGACGCCGAGCCGGGCCGCCGGCCCUCCCUGCCCCCGCACGCGCCCCCCGGCCGCUGCGACCACGUCCCGCUGCUCGCCCCCCCCCACCCCGCCCUCUGAGCGCCCGGCCGGGAGGCUGCUCCCGACGGGACGGACGGGAAGGCAGUGCGGGGGCCCGGGCGAGGACGGACGGA